CAGCUCCAACAGUCCAGCUGCAGCGCCUAAGCAAUCCAAGAGGCGCGGGCACCACUGGGUUUCGAAGUUUCACGCAAACGGCAAACCAAGAAUCCGACAGCUUCUGCUUUUCCUCUCUUCAAGGUCGCUGCUUCAAGCAGAGCUGCAGAGGUCGGAAUUUGCCUGAAAUCAAACCUCCCACUGGAACUAUUAAAGUACUGAUGACAGAUUAAAAUGCAUUCGUCUAAUAGGCUCUAACGAUUUCAAGCACUUGACAUCAGCAACAGCAGGAAUUCUGGGUGAUAUGAGAGUGAAGAAAGCCUCCUAUUUAUAUUUUAUAUAUAUAUGCUGUAGGAAGACACUGAUUCUUGUCGGGAAAAUUAAAAUCAACGAACAAGAGCAUGCCUAGAUGCUAGCGGAAUGAUUCACACCUUGCAACCAACUCGGGACCUCGAGUCUAAUUGGUCAGUCGAUAUUGUAACAAGCCUAGAAGCUUAUUUACUAGAGAUUUGUUCUGGCGAAGUUUCUGGUCGAGAUGGUGCCCUCCAAAAUCCUGUGAACUUCUCUAAAGUGCCGCAAAGGCUCCCACCUACGUUGGGGUAUGGGGGGGUCGGAUGUACGCAGUCUUACCCCUGUACUAAAGCACAGAGAGACUGUUUCCGGAUGACCCAUAGUGAAAUCGCGUCCAAAAUUGCAUGGACUGACUGAUGCUCCAUAACAAAGGAGCACAGACAGCUUGCUGCAUUGCUGCUUCAAGAUUCUGCACAGGUGUAUAGUAGGAAGGUAGAGUACCUGUAUUCAUUGGUAUUACGUGCUUUGGAGUCCAUUUCUCAGAAGAGUGAGAAACAGAACACGGUGAAUGGAUCAGCCGGAACAGAAGCAAGUGGUUCAAAUGAUGCUCCUGAUGACCCUUUUUGGGGAUUAGAUGAUAUUCCAGAGCAACCUAAGAACUUGCUAGACAAUACAACCUCCAAAGAUGCAUUACUGAAUCACGUUGUUAAGGCCCCUGCAAACCUAGUUGUGCUUGAGGGUGACUGCUUUGAUGCAAUUGGAGAUGCUGGAGAACUCGAGUGCUAUUUGCUUGCCACCUGUGAUGUGUACAGGGAUUUUAUUUUAUUGGAUACAUGCGAUGCAACAGCCAUUGAUAAUUUUUUUACUAAUGAAAACAAAACCGGGAAAGGAUUGAACAGCAGCUGCAAAGGCCGCAAAAGUGUGCAACAUUUUACAAGACAGUCUGGAGGAGUUGGCAAGCCUUCUUCAACACGAAAAAACCAAGAACCUGAUUUAAACCUGUCUCCAAGAAUUGAUAAUGAUUUCAGAACAAAUGACCAUAUGCCUGAAAAUCAUGAAGGCUUGUAUGGGGUGGAAGAUUUGUUUUCAGAGCCAAAGGAUUUCAGUGACUCAGAUGAAGAUGAUGAUUUAAAUCCAUGGAAACCCUUAAAUCCCCAUGAGCCUGGAAAUUUUAAAGAUAAGCCAUACAGGAGAGUGAAAGCUAAAAGAAGUCAAGGUACAGGUUCCAAAAAACAUAUGCAUGUGACCACUCAGUUUCCUCUUGCAAGACCGCAUGGAAACAUUAGUUUGCACCUUAAUGAUAUAUGGGAGAAGUGUUUUGCCACAAAGAAGAUGGAUGAAUCUCAGUCUCCGCUACCGUAUGAAAAGUUGCGACAAUCUCUCUUUCAUUGGGAAAACAUUGAUGGUGAUGUCUUUCACAGUACUGAAAACAAUGCGGAUUAUGACUUUGAUAACACAAAUUACUAUUCUGGAUCACCUGACUUCCACACGCCUGAAACUGCUGAACCGAAUGAAGAUGAAAAUGUGAACACUGAUAAGGUUAUGCAGCAUGGAAGUGAUGGUGUUCCUUUUGACCACGAAGGUCAUGAAGAUCCUAACACUCAUCGAACUCUGGAAGAUCUUUGCCGUUCCCAUUUGGAUUCUCUACUUGCAAACCUUGCUGAAACUGAACGCCAGACUGAAAUGGCUGCUAGGGUUUCAACAUGGAAGCAGAGGAUUGAGCAGAACCUAAAUGAACAAGAAUUACACACGCCUUUUGAUAUUCAUGAGUAUGGUGAUAAGGUUUUAAGUAAGCUGUCUUCGAAAGAAAACAGUGCAAAUGGUGUUUCAUUUUCUGAUAUUGUUAGCGGAGAAGAAAAGCAUAAUGUUGCGCGGACAUUCUCUGCACUUCUGCAACUAGUCAAUAAUGGGGAUGUAGACUUGCAAAGAGGCGGAGCAGAAGGAGAGUCAAGUGUGUACACUGGUGCAAACCCAUUUUACGUUCGACUCCUUCAGGGGGGAGUGAAAAUGAGGGAUAAAGUCAAACUUCACAUAUCACCAAAAAAGAAAACAAAAUCUCCUGUAUUGAAAGGGAAUCCCAGAGGUGAGAAGAACAAGAGGGGUGGAACAGAGAACCGUCCUGGUAGUUCAUCUCCUCCUCCUCGCGGUUCCAACAACUCAAACCGUAGGUUCACUUUGCAGGUGGGCAGAAAGACAAGCAGAUGCCCUCCUGUUGGUAAGAAGAGAAGAAAGUCCCAAUUGUUGGAGCAGCCAGUGGACUUGCAUACCGGAAUGUCAUGUGAAUGAACAUUACCAGGAACCAGGUGUGCUACCAAGACCUCUUCACGUUGUCUAUUUCACAUCCUGGAGUUUGUUCUGUUAUAUAUUUCAGGUGUAUCAAUAUUUAGGUCACAAUUUCCUCAGCUUGCCGAUGUAUAUUGAUUCCAUCUCCUUAACUUGCUAUUAGUUUAGUGAUUGUACCUAAUGAAAGAGGCAGUGUAGCCAUUAGUCUAUGCUAAUUUAGUUUAUUUCAGAUUGAUUCUUUUCAGGCUCAUCUUGUAUUGUAAACCUAACUUCUAAUCUGGUUAGUUAAUUCAAGUUUGCUGGCUUUUAGUUCCUGAUUGCAAC